AGAUGUCUUUCUACUCAUUUGAAAAGAGCAGGUGUACAUCCAUGGCAAGAACUUACUGGAAGGGGGUGUCUGUUACAGAUUUUCAAUUUACUUUUGAAUUGGAAAUACAAUGUAAAAACUUCAGAGCCCACAUCAAAAGAUUUUUGAGUUCCUCCUUUUCCCUGGAGUGGCAUUUCCUCAAGUGAGAAAUAGGGCCAAGCAAAGUGGUUUUGCAAUUUUUUGCAGGCUAGAACUGAGGAGUUUAUUCUGUUGACAUUGCAAGUCCAAGAACCUCUUGUCAGGUGAAAAACCGGAUGAAAGAGCUACAAGUACUACCCUCUACUCAGUUCCUUCUGGAUCAUGUGAUCCAGCUUUGAAAGAAGCAGGUAGAAGAUAGAUGUAGAAAACUUUAGCAUAGGCACUGAUUUUCAGUAGGUUACUGCUUAGAAAGUUCUGGAUGGUCAUGCCCCCCCACCUCCCGUCCAUGGAAGAUAGUACGGAGUGGAACAGAGUGCUUAAAGAAGAGAAUUCUCGAGUGUAUAGUUUGAGAACUUUGCCAUGAUGAAGAAGCAAGCUGGGGAUAAGACACUGCAAGGUAUUUAUUUACAGACCCAACUGGAGCAGUGUUGGUCAGCAAGGUGAACCUGUUCCACCCAAGAGCAGGCGCAGGCUGAGAAGGCAGAGGACAUCACCUGAGUUUCUCAGUUCACAUUCUAUGGGACCUAUAGGAUGAAGCUGACCCGGUGACUACAAAGCAGAUCAUGUGCUCUCAAACUUAGCUUUGCUCUCUGUCUUCAUGCAUUCUACUUUUGAGACAAAGUCCCUUCUGUCACGCUGAGCUCAUGAUGUCUGUCAGUUGGAUCCAUGGUGUCUCCGCACAAAGUAUAUUUGAGAGGAGAGGCCCACCUCGUGUGUUGAAAGGAAACCUGCUUACCACCCAGGAGCAGCUAUCCUAGAUUCAAUUCAUGUCAUCCUGAUAUGAUGACAAUAAGAGCAAACAUUGUACAGUAGUCCUCCUUUAUCCAUGGGGAAUAUGUUUGAAGAUCCCCAGUGGGUUCCUGAAACCGCUGAUAGUUCCGGAGUUGGAGUUAUAAAGGAAGUGAAUGUGAUCCCAUGCCCCGUUCAGCCCUGCCAUCUGCAGAAAGGACAGUCUUACACUGUCAAUGUCACCUUCACCAGUAAUACUCAGUCCCAAGGGAGCAAAGCCGUGGUGCACGGCAUCGUGAUGGGUGUCCCGAUCGCCUUUGCCAUUCCUGAGGCUGACGGCUGUAAGAGUGGUGUCAACUGCCCCAUAGAAAAGAACAAGACCUACAGCUACAUGGCUAAACUACCAGUGAAGAGCGAAUACCCCUCUAUAAAACUGGUGGUGAAGUGGGAACUUCGGGAUGACAACAACCAAUGUUUCUUCUGCUGGGAAAUCCCAGUUCAGCUGGAAAACUAGAUGCUUUGUGUGAUGCCAGUGUGUCCAUCUGGGGACAAGAGAGGGAGAAGAGGAAUAACCAAAUCUACACGAAAUCAGUGCCAUAAGAUAAAAGGAAUUUCUAGGCUGUUGUCUUAUUCCUCUCAACCUCACCUGCAACCAAGACCCCGUAUCCUGAGAGCUCAGAACUACUGCCCUUGUAGUGUCUUAUAAACCAGUUGAAGGAAAGGAGGGGUUGAUUUAAUUGUCUUCAGUGAUUUUUGCUGUUGGAAUACGGAGGGUCCACCCAGACAGAACCUGCUUAGGGACAUGGAAUAAUCUGCCUUGGGGUUAUUGGCCUUCGUAGUGGAGGAGAGGUUUCAAAGCACGUUCCUCCAGCUGGUCUGUCACAUCUCCAAGUGCCUCACUGCAUUCAUUGCAUCUGACCAGCAAGCCUGCUGACUUUGACAGCACCUCCAGCUCCUGCAGCGGUGCCCAGUGGUUCUGUGGAGGGGGCGUGGUCUGCAACAGAAAGUCAACUCUGGGUGGCUGGUUCUCUGCAAUUAUGUCCUAUCUUCUUUUCUGUCUUAGGUGGUUUUCAUUAAAUGCAACACUUAAUUAGCAGAUGUUUGUUUGUUUGUUUAACAUUAAUUUGUGACUUCUUUAUGCACCUGAAAAAGUUUCUUUGAAUAAAUAAAAUCUUGGCAGUCUUCUGUA